AUGGCGGAUACAGACACGGAGACUCUGCCAAACGGCACUGGGCCCUUGUCUGCUGAAGAGGAGGAGAGAUUGAAGCAACGUCCCGCCGAUAUUGAUGCUGAUGUUCGCGAAAUGGAGCGCAGGAAACGUGUGGAAGCGCUCAUGUCGUCCAAGCUGUUCCGCGAGGAGUUGGAGCGGGUACUGGACCAGCAGCUGCACGAGGGCAAUGAUGCUCCACUCCUGCAGAGGAUCAGGGAGAUGGUUGGUGGACGUCUCCAUACUGGGAGCCUUAGGGGUCCGAGUUGUGUGCUUCCAAUCAACGACAUCCGCGGUAUAGAAGGCGUCGGCUACGAGAAGGGCGAGAAAAUUCUCCGUUGCAAGUUGGCUGCGGUCUACCGCUUGGUCGAUCUGUUCGGGUGGACUCAAACCGGUAUAAGUGGUCAGAUAACCGCUCGCCUGAACACGGCCGUGGAACAGGUCCUGACCACCCCGCGCGGUCUCUUGCCCCACGAAGUGACCGCCUCGUCGCUGGUCAAGGUCGACAUGCAGGGGGUUGUUCAGGACCAGGGGACCACCAACUUCCCUGUCAAUGUUGAAGGUUUCUCGCUGCACGCGUCGGUGCACGCGGCGCGGCCGGACGUGCGCUGCGUGCUGCACGUGCGCUCGGCCGGCGCGCUGGCCGUGUCCGCCACGCGCCGCGGCCUGCUGCCGCUGUGCAGCGAGGCCGCGCUGCUCGGCGACGUGGCCUACCACCGCGUGCCCAACGGUACCCUCGACAAUGAGGAACGAGACAAGCUGGUGCGCGCCCUGGGUCCUCACGCCAAGGUGCUGAUGCUGAGCGGCGGUGGAGCCCUCUGCUGCGGAGCCACCCUGGAGGAAGCCUUCUUCCAGGCCAAGAACCUGAACGCGGCGUGUGAGGUGCAGCUCCGCCUGGCAUCCUUGCCGCUGGAUGAGCUGUACAUCCUGGAUGAGGAGACCAGACGACAGAUGUUCGAGUCUUCCCGCAAGCCGCCGUCUGACGCCAACAAGUGGCGUGUUGGAGGCGAAGAGUUUGAGGCUCUGAUGCGAAUGCUGGAUAAUGCUGGUUUCCGUACUGGAUACAUCUAUAGACACCCUCUUAUCAAGAAUGACGUGCCCAAGCCCAAGAACGACGUGGAGGUGCCACCAGCCGUGUCCUCUCUUGGAUAUCUUCUCGAAGAGGAAGAGCUGUACAGGCAAGGAUUAUGGAAGAAAGGCACAGGCAAAGCCGGGGAGCGCACCCGCUGGCUGAACUCGCCCAACGUGUACCAGAAAGUUGAGGUCUUGGAGACCGGUACCAGUGACCCCAAGAAGAUCACCAAGUGGGUGGACGCUAACAACGAAGAGUGGGUUCAAGAUGGUUCUCCAGCUCAUUCUGGUACUCCAGUCAAAAUUGACACGCUCCAGUUUGUACCCAAAAACACCAAUCCCAAGGAGUUUAAGCAACUACAGCAGCAGAUUAAAGAUAAUCGUCGUGCGGACAAGAUAAGUGCUGGCCCACAGUCGCAUAUUUUGGAGGGUGUCACGUGGGACGAGGCUUCGAAACUUGUGGGUGAGGACGCAGUUAACACGCACACUGGUGAUCAUGUGGUACUGAUGGGCGCAGCAUCCAAGGGCAUCAUCCAACGCGGGUAUCAACACAACGCGGCCGUGUACAGCGCGCCCUACGCCCGCAACCCUUUCGAUCACGUCACAGACAACGAGAUAGACGAGUACCGUCGCACUGUUGAGAGGAAACAGCGGCAUGAUUAUGACACGGACAUUUCUGAGUCGGAGGCGGUGAGUGCGGCGCAAGUGACGUCACCCAACACCGCGCCCUCCGACACCGAGGAUGAGUCGCGUGAUGAGCAACGCGUACUCCGGAUAGAGACGAAGCAAGUGCCGGUGCGCAGUCAGCCCGAGGUCGUUCUCAGUGAUGUGGACACGACAGAUUUCUUGGCGGCUGAACGCGAACACGCCGAUCGGACUAGAGAUUCAGCUCGGGAUCCAAACCUGCUAUCUGAUGAUGAAGUCUUCCUCGACUCCACGUCGUCUGUACCGUCUGGCACUUCCUCCGUGCCGGUUCAUAUUCAGAUGCCUGUACAGGGGCCUGUUGUUAUCCGACAAUACACUACUACAGUGCAGGGGACUGUUGGGAGAGGUACAAAACUAUCAGAAAGUAAUGAAGCUCGAUCAUCUCACAAGCGCUCCCUCCACAAAUAUUCACGAAACCUCAAUUUUACUAAUACAAUAACUAAAUACGAACCAGACAAACACCCAAAGUGUAAAAUGAGCUUAAACACGAAACUUAACGACGAAAACGCCAUAGCUAUCUAUAAUCCCGGUAAUUUUAGCAGUCGCUCCAGUCUUUUUUCUAUUCCAUCGCUAGAAUGGGACUGUAAAGUAGAUUUCUCUUUUCGCACUCGCUCUUUGCCUAGAAAGAGUAAAACAGACGGCAAUAAGUUGUAUAGAACUAGAUCUCACAGCAGUUUUAUUAAUUCAUACAUUAAAGAUCCUGAACCAAUACAUUUUCAUGUUCCCAAAUGCAAUUCUUGCGGUACAAUCAUUUCUUCUUAUCCAAGAGAGUCUGUGAGAGAGAAUAAGUUUAAAGGCGCACACUAUUCCGAUGGUAAUAUACCUGAAAAGUGUAUAGAUGAAAUAGAAUUUAGUAAUGUUAAAGUUAAAGAGACGGCUGUACCAGUUUUGAUGCCGAUAACGUCAGAAUUUGUAGAAAGUCAAGAGUUUAAUGAAGAUAAUUAUAUAAGUGAUAUAGGAAAUAGUUUUUCUUCAGCGAACUCGACGGUUAUAGUAAAAAGCAAUUCUGAUGAUAUACCCAGUAAUAAUUGUGAAUUUGAUGUGAAUAAAAAAGAUAACUACGACGAAAGUAAUAGAGAUGCUAAAAUAUACGAAAAUUCUGAAAUAUAUGAAGCAAUACGUGUAGAAGUAAUUGAAAGUAAUAGUGAAGCUAAUAACAUUUCUUUAGAAUCGACAGAAGGAGAAUAUCACAGUUUCAUCGAUGAUUUAGAAUUCGAACAGGCGGUUUAUGAAAGUCCAGUGAGAGAUCUUGUUGAAAAAGACAUAAGAGAUUAUUCAGUACCCAUAAAUUUUUAUUGCGAUGAAUAUAAUAAAAAAGAAAGUCCGAGAAAAUCGCCUAAGAAAAUAAUUGAUUUGCCCAAAAAGACGGUGUUGGAACCGAUUUUAGAAGAAUCUAAAAGCUCAUAUGAUACAUCUAAUGAUAUUAAUAAAAAUGAAUUGACUAUAGAUGACGAUAAUAAUCAAGAAGCUGUAGACGAAGUUUUGUCUAAAAGUAUAAAAACUGAUGAUCUUAAUAGUAAUUUAAUUCAAAAUGAACAGCAAAUCUUAACAGUCAAAACAGAAAAAGAUAUCAAAAAUGAUAGAAAUAGUUCUCUAAGUGGAACUAGUUUAAUCGAAAGAGUAAGCUUUGAUUCUACAGCGGAAUUCGAAAAGUAUGAGAUAAUAGCCGAUAUCGUCACUUCUAUUUUGGGCAGAAUUGAUUUUAACAUGCUUACUAAAGAUGACAAUCUUAAAGUACCCGAAAAAUUAAAUGAUGAAAAGAUAAAAGAAAAAGUUGAGCAAUACUUUUCUAUAACGCAAAUAGUAAAAGAUAUAGAACUUGAAUUGCAUUUAAAUGAAACUGUUUCGACUGAAGUGAGCGAGACAGAUGUUUACGAUUCUCAUAAGAUUAUUGAAGCUAUAAUGUAUUAUAUUUUUAAUUCGGUCUUCCAUAUCUGUAAGCAGAAGAAGAAAAAAAUUAAGACAAAAUCUACCAAAAAUGUUGUUACUAUUGUUGAUUUUGAGGACAUUUUGUUCACUACUACAGUAAAUUGGUUGAAUUUCAGUCUUAAUAAUGACGAUUUUAAUAAUAAUAAUGAUGCCUCUAAAGAUUUACAUCUUGAAGAAAAUAUUGGAGAUUUAGAAACAUAUCUUCAAACAAACUUCAUAUCUGAUAAAUUAGACGAAUUUUCUUUAAUAUUAAGUAAUAAUGACAGCGAAGGGACAGAAUUAAGUAAUAAUGAUAUCAACGAGUCAACUAUAAAUGAAGGAAAUGUAGCAUUCGCUAAUGAUAGCAAAAAUGAUUUUACCACAGAAUUUAAUGAUGACAGUACAGAAGUAGCUAAUGAUUUAAUAUCUAGUUUAUUUGAUAAAUCUUUAAAAUCAUAUUACGAUCAUAAGUUAAACGAGACUUAUGUCAUAGAGAAUAUGAACACAGCUUUCAUUAAUGACGAAUCUUCAUCAUUUAAUGGGAACAUUUUUAAAGAAUGUACUGAAUCACCAAUAAAACGUGUAGAAAGUAGUUUUAUAGGUGACGAUUUGAGCGUUCUAUACGAAAAAGAUGAUACAAUUUUAGGUUCGCCAUUCGUUAAAAAGGCUAAUGUUUUACAAAUGUCCCAAACUUCACAUAGCGGUGGGAUAAAAUACUGGCUCUCUUUUGAUGAAACUCUGCCAGUGGAUGAACCAAAGAGUAAAUUGCGCAGAAAUAAAGAGUUGCCAAGUUUUCUAACAGUAGAUUUUAAAGAUAAAAGUGCACUUAAUGCUAAUAAUUUUGUUUUAACUGAUGCUAGAUCUGAUUAUGAUGAAACUUUUCUAACAGAAACAUGCUCCAAUUAUAAUACAUGUGAAUCUAAUUCAAGAAUAGAGAAUACCAAUGGAGUAGAUUUACUAGGAAAAGAGAAAUUGAUUUUUGAUUCAAGACAUAAGACUAACAGACGUUUGUAUUCAACAUGGCCGUCGUAUGAACAUACUUUGUUCUAUAGGAUUGCCUCUGAAUUCAGACUUUCGGAAAGUUUUGAUUUAAGCGAGCACACUGUGAACGGGGAUCACUCUGACGCUCAUCAAAGUACCUUCUCGCAUAGCAGUAAAGAGGGCUCUCCAUCCAAGGAGGUAUCGACAGAAGAGUCUCCCAAGAAGGAUAAGAAGAAGAAGAAGGGUCUCCGCACGCCCUCCUUCCUCAAGAAGAAGAAGGAAAAGAAGAAGGACAAGUCCAGCACGCCGCAACCCGCC